AUGCUGAUCGGCUUGUGUGGAGGCAUUUGUGCUGGCAAGCAUGCCAUUGCCGAAUAUCUGGUUGAAAACCAAGGGUUUCAGCUUCUGGAGCUUGCGGCCAAUGCGCAAUCGGAGUCGCUAGACUCGGGGGAUGAUUUGCGACUGCAAGUCUCAGAGGUCAGAAAGAAGGAUCCGCAAUCUUCUGAAUUCAUAUUCCAGAAUGCCGAGUCUCUACUCGAUUUCGCGCUCAAAAGAUGGCAAGAGCGCUGGGUCACUACGGAUAUUGCCGAUGCCAACGUGUUGGAUAAAUUCCUGCUACGUCCCUUCUUCCUCCUCGUGAGCGUUGACGCCCCAGUUAGCCUACGCUGGAAGCGAUUUGCCGACAGAUGCUGGAGGAGACAGCUAGAUCCACCUGAUCUUGAGAAAUUUGUUCUGUGGAAUGAUCACAACCUAUACGGCAAGGAUAUUGGGCGUGUUUACUUGACCGACAAGGCCCAGGUCCGCCUGUUCAACUCCUCUUCGUCUCUCGACGAGCUACACUCUGCCCUGAGGAAUCUCGACCUGGCAGAUGAACAGCGACUUAGACCGAGCUGGGAUCAGUAUUUCAUGCAGCUGGCCUCACUUGCUGCCCAAAGAAGCAAUUGCAUGAAGCGGAGAGUGGGGUGUGUCCUCGUUAGGGAAAGCCGUGUCAUCAGCACAGGAUACAACGGCACGCCACGUCAUCUUCAGAACUGCAACCAAGGUGGAUGUCCACGAUGCAAUCGCGGAGAUGGCGGUGGAGUUGGUCUUUCAACCUGCCUUUGUCUUCAUGCCGAAGAGAACGCGUUGCUGGAAGCAGGCCGAGAGCGAAUUCGAGAGGGGGCAAUCCUCUACUGUGAUACGUGCCCUUGCUUAACAUGCACAGUCAAAAUUGCCCAGGUUGGGAUUUCCGAGGUUGUUUAUUCACAGGGAUAUAACAUGGAUAGUGACAGUGCUGCCAUUCUCGAACAAGCUGGGGUCCGAUUGCGACAAUUCCACCCGCCUUCAAAUGGACUGAUUUACCUCCAGGCCUCCGAGAUGUCGAUCGAAGCCCAAGACAUCGAGACCCAAGACAUUGAAACACAAGACUGA